UCUGCUUGGGUAUGGAAAAUCAAAACUGAAAAGUGGCAGAUCUGUACAAGAACUUGGAAGAGAAUCAUAGAAUAGGACCAACUCUCCUUUGGAAAGGAACUCCGCAGCAUGGUGACUUCCAGUGCCCUCUGGCCUCUUCUCCUUUGGCUGAGCAGCUGUUGGCUGGCUACACAAGCGACUGAGCCCGAUUGCACCCAUGUUGCUGACUUUGACAAUUGUCCAGGCAAUCCGCUUGACUUCUGCCCCAGAGGGGUAGCCUGUGGCUGCAAGGAUCAAAAGCCUGUCUGCAAGUGCCCCGCUUACCGAAGCGGUUGGCAAAAUUAUUGGUACCUCGGUUCCAAAUGUGACCAGCUUUGGAGUACUUUGGACUUGAUUGUAGUCGCUGCUCUUCCUGCGGUAGCCCUGUCUCUGACUGUUGCGGUUGCAAUGCAGUGGUCCAACUACUGUAAAAGGAAACGGGGGAAAGUGAUAAAAAGACGCAGUAUUCCUGAAAGAGAACGAAGACAUCAUGGACAACACAACAAAGGAUAUGCUCCUAACUCAGCUGAUAAGGCAAGAAAUGUGUCACAGCCACCGGGAAGAAAGGAUGAUGGGAUCAGUCAGAAUUAUAGAUUCCCGAAGCUCGCCGUCCAAAGCCAAGCUUUUGGACAAGAAGAGUCACCACGCUUUGGAGGUUUCAGCUAUACACAUCAGCCACUGAGAAGAGCUGCUCCAUUGGGAAGUGAGAUUCCUGACGCGGAUUAUGAGGACGAAAACCCAUUUACAGCCAUGGCUAUGCAACAGUUUCCCACGUCACCUUCCUCAUUGUUUCCUCAGCCUGACUAUUAUGAGCAUAACAGUCGACCAAACAACUACUGGAAUGGACCAAGAAGCCCUUACAAGGCUGUGCGUCCGCAGACUAUCUAUACCUAGAAGCUUUGGAUAAAUGCGGCAAAGGCACAGCACUGGAGCAUUUACCAUUCUCCCACAUAGUAUUUCGACCAAUGCUCUUCUCAGACUUUCUUCCUAAAGACUUGAUUGCACACUUAGCCUUUAAAGAUUAGAAAACCAUAGUCAGCCUUGUCUUCUUUAAUAAAA